AUGGUUGGGGUUGGAUUGGUGCGUUCAGCUGCCCUGGUAUCCCUGCUAAUGGUAUUCCCGGCCUCUGUCCUCGCCUCUGGGGACGGAAAUGAAAUCUCUCCGUCCCGACGUUCCUCCUCAGAAUUGUCUCCUACGACCGUCCUGGCAGGAGCCCAGACCGUAAACAAGCGCAGUAUAUCUUUCAACUCGUGCACGGGCGUCUACGACCGCGAACUGCUCACAAGGCUCGACCGCGUGUGCGAAGACUGCUACAACCUCUACCGCAACACCGACGUGGCGGCCGAAUGCAGGAGCAACUGUUUCCACAACGAGGUGUUCCUCUACUGCGUGGACUACAUGUACCGACGUCGCCAAAGGAACCAGUAUCGGGCCGCCCUGCAGAGGCUCGGCAAGUAG